AUGGUGGAUCCCAUCACUACCGUCCAGACGGUGGCGGCUGUAUUUGAUCUACUCAAGCUUGCGUACAAGGCUGGAGUCUUCCUGAAGAAGGUGUCAGAAGCAGACGCCAUCGCCAAAGAAGUCUAUGAACGGACAGAGCGACUAUCACAUGUCCUGGAGGGCGUUCGAGCUAUAUUGCAGAGACGAAGUGAAAAUGGGCCGACAGUCACUGAUGAUGGUGAUAGCGCUGCCGCAAAGAGAAUCGCCGAAUCAGUCAAGGGGUGUAGCACCUUUUUACGCAAUCUGGAAUCGCGCGUGGCAGGGUUCGAUACCAAUGGCAACAGCGUGAGGACCUUGGUGCAUCGCUUCAAAGUUGCUUGCAGACAUCCAUCCAUCGCGAAGCGACAGACAGAUCUCGAGGCGAGGAUCAGCAUAUUGCAGACCGACCUUGUAGUAUUGCAGCUAUUCGACCAAGCUCAUACACAGACAACUAUCAACGUUAAUCAAUCCGAGCUGCUGUCUGUCAUCGAACGACUAGGUGAACAGGUACAAAAGGGCAAUGAACUACUCCAGUCAAUGCUACACCAUGAGCCUGUACGAGAGAUGAUGGGUCAAGCUGCAAUAGGCAACCCAGACACCGGGUCGAUCGAACAGCCCGCUACAGACGAGGUACUUUCCAGUCUGACAGAUUGCCUACACGCCGCUGAAGACGUAUACGAACGCUACACUUCCGAGCACGUCCCGGACAAUCAAUCGCUUGUCAUGCAAGACAGAAUCUUGACACGGAGCAGACCCAUGUCGCCACUCACUGCCGGCACACCAGAGUCCCGCCCUAUAGACGAUCCAUUUGUUCUUACUCAUCGAGACAGUGGACUACCUGACUCGAUGAGCAUGCUAUCUUUGAACGAACCAGAGACCCACAUGAUACCUUUACGCAUUCUGAACAGAUACAUUGCAGACCACUGUGAGCGUGCAGUUAGUGAGCUGGAAAAGUCCCACUUCAACCAAGCGGAGAGCUGCCUUGAUAGCGCUAUGCGCUACUCCGAAGCUCGAGAGCAGCAACAUCGAGUGCCAUUCGCCAACAGGGUGAAGCUGACAGAAGAUCUUGCCUACGUGUAUAUGAAACAAAGCAAGUGGGCCACAGCAGUAGCAAAGAUCCAUGGGCUACUGAGAGAAACUAACGAGCAUGGCAUGGACGCCCUAUCCGCUCAGAUAUGUAAUGCACGGCAGAAUCAGAUGCUUGCAGCGACUUACUUCGACAGAUGGCAAAACAGCCCUCCCGGCGCUUUGCAUGCCGAGACAGAUGACCUCGAGAUGGCCGAGAGACAUGCACAUAUGGCGUUCACCAAACGGGAUUGUCUUGUGGAGGAUUCCGAAGUCAGCAUCGACGAGGUUGAACGAGAACGGCAUCGCGACAACAUGUCACUACUGGUGAAUAUUCUGGAAGCGAGAGGCAAAACUGUCGAAGCUACGGUUUGGCGGGAGAUGUUCUCAGAGGGCUCGACAGAUGGCGGCGAAAGUCUACGAAGAGCAUCUACAUUGGCAUCUCGACCACCUACCGACUUUGAGGUAAUUGAUCGACAUGACAUGUUGGUGGCGGCGAUCAAAGGCGGCGAUACCGAAGUCAUCCAAAACCCAAUGACGUUCCACGAUCUCAGUGUAGACAAGGUCAUGGGUCGAGGUGAAGGGAAGACUUUGCUCAUACACGCUGUGGAGUCCUCCGAUGAGACUACCUUACACAGACUGCUAGACCCGACAGUCGGUGCAGAUGUUGACGCCCGUAAUCGCCGCGGUAGAACAGCUUUACACUUCGCAGCUGCACAAGGCCGUCGCGAGAUAGUGCGAUGCCUUCUAGCCCACGACGCUGACAUCGACGCCAAAGACAACGACGGAGAGACCCCUCUCAUCAAGGCGGUUCAAUCUGGGCACCGCGAAGUAAUUCAAGACCUUUGUGAUCACGGAGCUAAUAUGCUCACUCGAAACCUGGUCAGGUUGGACGAAUGGAAUGCAUUAAUCCAUGCAGUACAAUUACCGACAACUAAAGUUGCUACUCUCCUGCUCGACUUGGCGCCAGAGCUCAAAGAUUCCGUGGACCAAUCCGGCAAGACUGCAUUGCAUCAUUGCGCAGAAGCUGAGAAGCUCGAGCAUGCGAAAGCUCUUCUCGGGCAUAGACAGCAUCUCGAUGUCAAUGCAGUGGAUUCAGCCUCCCGAAGUCCAUUGUACUUUGCCGCCAGUAAGCCAGCUAAGCGGGAACGCGAAGCGAUGGUGAAUUUGCUUAUGGAUCAUGCCGCUGUCAUGGACGAGAACAAGCCACCUCCCAGAAUGAGAGAGUAUGCUGCACUGAAGGCCGUGAGUGCACCUCGAAGAAGUGGAAGAAUGCAAAGGCACGACAGCAUUAGUACUGAAGGCUCGAUCGGAACCGUGUCAACAAGUGGUACUAAACUUAGCCGUAUAUUCUCGAAUCGCAUGGGCUUCCGCUAA